UGUGGGGGCUGCUCUGAAGUUGGUCACAUUGCUGUUGCUAUUACCACAAAUGAUACAGCCCACGGGUGAGCUGAACACUUAGUCAGCUGAGCAGCUUAUCAUCAUGUCGGUGAACCACUCGACCAGAGCCUUGCCUCAGCACUGAGCCAGACACUUGACGGGAAACAAGAAAGUAAACGAGAGAGAGGCAGCACCAAGCGCGGAGAAAGAGAGUGGAUAUUACAAGCUAUGCUCUUCGGCUGAACCUCGGAUGAUUGAGAAGAGGAGAAACAAGGAUCAGUAUUUAACACAUUUGCGUGGAAAGAGAGACAAAUGCAGAGGAACAUGGGGUGAAGGAGAGUGACAACAAGAAACUGAAAGCAAAACAGGAAAAAAAAAAAACAAUGCAUCAGUGAGUGGGAAAUACAGGAGAGGGGACUAGCAAACUACUGCAGAGUGCGCGAGGUAUGUCAGGUGUGUGUGGGUGUAACUGCUGGUAACCAGGCAGGGACGGCCCUCGUCUCGUGGGGAUGCAGGGGGAGCGACUCAAUCAGCAAUGCAACAAAAGACGAGAACACACAAACGCAAACACUCAUUUUCACUCGGACCCGAUCACAAGCACGGAGGACACGGCCGCCAGAAACAACAACAGCAAAGCAAGCCUGACAAUGUGUGUCAAAUGUAGCUGAAGUGUAUAUCAGAGACUGCUCCUGCUGCUGCUGCUGUUACUGGUGAUGGCACUGGUGGAAAUGGCUCUCAUUCCCGGUCUGUCUCUGGAUGGAUUUUUAUAACACACUUGGGGCAGUAGCUUAGAUUGCAAUGGUCAGAACAGGGGCUAAUGUUUAACGUCCUCCUCUUUCACUGUGAAGACAACAGGCUCAACUGCCAUCAAGGAGGGUUAUCUGCGACAGUGCUGUCUGCAUACGAAGGAGCUGGACUAUUAUGUUCCAGCUUGAAGGGACCAAGUGCAGCUUCCUGUUGUGCCUGGGGAUCAGUAUUAUGGUCUGUUCAGUUAUUUACUUCAGGGCCAGGAUGCCAACAGAGCCCCAGCCUCAAGGAGAGUCUCUGAAUUGCAGGCCUUCCUCAAACAGAUGUAGCAUGUUACUGCCUGGCAGUGAAGAUGGGCUACGAUGGGACCACCAUGAGUGCAAGGUGGAAAGUUACAUUCUGAACAAUCAUCUGCACUGCUCCGAUUUGACCAGAGACCUCCACUUUAUCACUAAACCUCUGAGCUAUGAGGAGGAGAACUACCCUUUAGCUUUCAUUUUGACUGUUCACAAGGAGCUGGAGCUUCUUGUGCGCCUGCUGCGGGCUAUUUAUGCCCCACAGAAUGUGUACUGCAUUCACGUGGAUGCCAAGGCUCCUUCGAACUACCGGAAGGCUGUUCAGAGGCUGGUAAGCUGCCUCCCCAAUGCCUUCCUCUCCAGCCAAAGUGAGAUAGUGACAUACGCUGGGUUUUCCCGUCUCCAGGCAGAUGUGAAUUGCAUGAAGGAUCUAGCAAAGUCCAAGGUAGGCUGGAGAAAGGUGGUGAAUCUGUGUGGACAGGAUUUCCCUGUCAUGAGCAACCUGGAGCUGGUGCGUUACAUGCAGAGCAAACAGUGGAAGGACAGGAAUAUGACCCCUGGGAUCAAGCAGCCUUUGACCAUGAGGCACAGGACACAGCUCCAGCACAAGGAGAUCAUCGGCUCACAUGUGGCCCCUAAAGGAAAGGGAUUGAGGAAGAGUCCUCCUCCACACAGUCUGCAAGUCUAUUUUGGAACUGCUUACUAUGCUCUAACACGGGAAUUUGUAGACUUUGUCCUGGAGAGCCCAGUAGCCCAGGACCUGUUGGAGUGGUCCAAAGACACAUUCAGUCCAGAUGAGCACUACUGGGUGACACUCAACCACAUUAAAGAAGCUCCAGGGAGCCACCUAGAUGGAGGUUGGGCUGGAGACAUAAGGGCAAUCAAAUGGAGAGAUCAGGAGGGAUCAGUACACAGUGGCUGCAAAGGACGUUAUGUAAGAGACAUCUGUAUCUAUGGGGUGGACGACCUGCCAUGGAUCAUCAACAGGAACAGCAUGUUUGCCAAUAAGUUUGAGAGCAGCACCUUCCCUGAGGCACUGGACUGUCUCGAGCAUUGGCACAGAGACAAGGUGCUGAGGCAGGCCACUGUGCCCAUACAUCCAUCAUGGCUGCUGCCCACAGAGCGUAACUCAAGCAGCAGCAGAUCCUUCAACAGCAGUACUGGAGCCUGAAAUUGCCGCCACUCCCUAACCGACAACUAGGCUACAUGCAGGUCCAGAUUAUUUGCACUUUCGAAAUGGCUGGAGAAUGUAGCAAAUGCAAGUGGCAAAGAGCAAAUUGGUUAUGAUACGAUGUUUCACUAAACAUCACCUCCAGACUGUAAAAGGGUGCCACUGCUCAUAGAUUUGAUUUGUCUAUUUGUGAAACUGUAAGAUGCCUGUUCUUUUUUUGUUUGUUUUUUUGCUAUUCAGAGAGCAUUUGCUGGAUACAAGCAUGCACUUCACUUUGGAAGGAUGCUAUCAUUUCUCAGACUUGAAUUAUGCUUGACUCCAAUUUCAAGAGGUCAAAUUUGAGGUUUUGAGAAUUAAAUGAUUAGGUAAGAGGAGCCACAACACCUUAAGGACUUUGCUAGCCCAGUGAGGUUAUAUGCAGAUUUCUAACAUUUUCACUGCUGUUAGAAUGAUGAAGAAAAUUAGUUUUGCUUAGAUGACAAA